GAACUGUGUGACCGAGGGUUGAAAUAUAUUAAAUGUCCUAUCGAAUCGUGUAUGUUACCAACAAUACUAACAUUGAUAUUUUUAUGCAUUUUGCAGGAGAGAUGGAUAGUAAAAUGGCAGCAAGUAUCAAGUCCCGUUUUAGUUCUGUCAGAAAUGUUGUUUUGGACCCCUCUGAGAAACAGCUUCAGAUGUACCGUUCACUUAUUGAGAGUAAUCAGUCAGCUUUUAAAGGCAUCGAGUUCGACCUGCGCCAACUCAGCAUCGACAAGUAUCGUACCAACGGAGAAGAUCACCCACCCAAAUACCACUUCAUCAACGCGGUUCAGUCCCUUUAUUAUGUUGAUGACGUUAAGGACACAGUGAGGUAUCUCUACGAUCACUUGGAGAAGGGCGGAGUUAUGUUAAUCACGAUUGUCUCGGAUACCUGCGGUUUCUGGCGUCUGUACGACACCUUUCCCCGUUUGCGGGACAACGUCGGACACUACAUGUGCAUCAACCAGGUGCGCCAAUGUCUCUACUCCCUCGGCCUCACCUUCGAAGAAAAGCGCCAACCAUUUCAUGCCGACAUCAGCAGCUGUUUCCAAGACGGGUCAACCGAAGGAGCUUAUCUCAUCGACUUCAUCACUCAGAUCAACGAUUUGCGUGGAACGGCGUCGCCCGACUUUUACAGAGAGGUGGUCGAUUUUCUUGGGUCAAGCAAGUGCUCGAAGCGAAAAGAGGAUGGGACGAUUCUCCUCAUCAAUGACUGGGAUGCUGUCGUAGUGCAAAAACCGGUCUCGUCUUAAAGCAUAUUAGCAUAAUGUACAAUUUUCUGUAGAUAUAUAUAGGCCUAGACAUAAAGAUGGACAGAUACAUCGAUAGAUGGAUGUAAUUGAUAGAUAGAUGAAUAGAUUGAUGGAUGCAUAUAGAUCAUAUAUAAAAUUAGUAGAUCCAUAGAAAGAUAUACCCAGAUCAAUAUAUGUAUAUAACAUUUUAAUCAUGCUCAAUGAUUUCAAAAUAACGUCUUUCAAAAAUAUACGAAAGAUAUUUUUGUUGUGGUUUUCUUCGUGUUUAUCACAAGUCAUGGGACAAUGAUAUUUCUAUAAUGUUUUAGUCGUUUAUAUAAUAUUUUAACACGAUUUUAAAAAGUAUUUUUGAGCUGUAUUUUGUAAUAUUCGAUUUUAACGUUUUCAAGCAUGAAAAUGUCAUUUUUUAUACAACAGGUAAAAAAAUAAAUAUCACAAAAAUAUAUUCAUAGGCCAUUUAAAUAACAUCGUUUAGUGACAUCGUUAUUUUAUCGAAUAAAAAAAGUUUUGAACGUGUUUAAGAUUGAUAAGCAAUAAUUCUUUUUUUUUAGCAUUAUUGGAGAUUGCAUGGCGCCUCUCACAUAAUAGGCCAAUAUGUUUAAGUGCAUUUCGAUUUAAAAAUCAUUGGAAUUAUACAGUUCACUGUGAUUCAUCAGUUAAUUAUUGCACUCAAUAAUUAUUGCACUGUUUGUCUGGUUUUUCCCCUUUUCCUUUUGAGGCCUUUAUCAAUUUCAAGCUCUAAGAUUAAG